AUGGGAUCAAUCCUUAACGAGAACAAUGUCAACAACAACAACAACGUUGUUGAAAACAAACCUCUUCACAUUGUUAUGCUUCCAUGGUUGGCAAUGGGACACAUAUACCCUUACUUCGAAGUUGCCAAAAUUCUUGCUUCAAAAGGUCACACUGUAACCUUCAUCAACUCUCCCAAAAACAUUGAUCAAAUCCCAAAACCUCCCAAAACCAUUGAAUCAUUCAUCAACUUAGUUAAACUACCUUUACCACACAUAGAACAGCUUCCAGAAGGUGCAGAAAACACCAUGGACAUUCUACCAAACAUGAACCGUUACCUCAAACUAGCUUACGAAGGACUAGAAAAUGAUGUUACUCAGAUUCUCAAAACCUCCAAACCCGAUUGGGUUUUCUACGAUUUCGCUUCUGGUUGGUUAGCACCAAUAGCGAAAACGUUCAACAUUGCUUCUGCUCAUUACAACAUUACACCAGCUUGGAACAAGUGCUUCUUUGAUCCACCUAAGGAUCAAGUUAAAAAAGAUUUCAAACUCGAAGAUAUGUGCGGUCCACCGAAAUGGGUUCCUUUUCAGACAAGUAUUCAUCUUAAACCUUAUGAGAUUAUUCGAGCUUUCACUGCUUUACAAGAUGAAUCAGGUGGAAUGGCUGGUUUUGAUCUUAAUAAAGCUUAUUCGAGUUGCGAUCUUUUUCUUCUGAGAACUUCAAGGGAGCUUGAAGGUGAAUGGUUGGAUUAUAUAUCUGAGCAGUAUAAGGUUCCUGUUGUUCCUGUUGGAUUGCUUCCGCCGUCUAUGCAGAUAAGAGACGAUGAAGAGGAAGAGAGUAAUCCUGAUUGGGUGAAAAUCAAAGAAUGGUUGGAUUCGAGAGAAUUAUCUUCGGUUGUUUAUAUCGGAUUCGGGAGUGAGUUGAAGUUGAGUCAGAAAGAUUUAACUGAGCUAGCUCAUGGAAUUGAGCUUUCUGGUUUACCUUUCUUUUGGGCUUUGAAGAAUCUGAAACAAGGUACACUCGAGUUACCUGAAGGAUUUGAGGAUCGAACGAAGGAACGGGGGAUCGUUUGGAAAACAUGGGCGCCUCAGCUUAAGAUUCUAGCUCAUGGAGCUAUUGGUGGAUGUAUGAGUCAUUGUGGUUCUGGUUCUGUUAUUGAGAAGAUUCAUUUUGGACAUGUUCUUGUGACACUGCCUUAUUUGCUUGAUCAGUGUUUGUUUUCAAGGGCAUUGUUGGAAAAGGAAGUGGCUAUUGAGGUACCAAGGAGUGAGGAAGAUGGUUCCUUUACUAGGGACUCUGUGGCUCAUACAUUGAAGUUAGCUAUAGUGGAUGAGGAAGGAAGUAGUUUAAGGAAGAAUGCUAAAGAGAUGGGAAAGAUUUUCAGUUCUAAAGAUCUUCAUAAUCAAUAUAUUGAUCAUCUCAUUGAUGCUCUUUAUAAGUAUAGAGUUGCUUCUGAUUCCAACAAGGAAUGA